GUGAAAGCUUCAUCGCCUUCCUUGUGAUCUUCAUUUCUACUUCUCCAAGAAUGCGAUCUUCAUUUAGAAUGUGACUUCUAAGAUGCAGUCUUCAUCUUUUCUUUUACGGGAUGCGGUCUUCAUCUCUCCUUCUUCCUUAGAUGUGGUAUUCAUCUAGGAUGUGUGACUUUUAAGAUGCGGUCUUCAUCUUAUCUUUUGUGAGAUGUGGUCUUCAUCUCUCCUUCUUCAUUAGAUGCGGUCUUCAUCUUAGGUGUGACUUCUAAGAUGCAGUCUUCAUCUUAUCUUUUGGGAGAUGCAGUCUUCAUCUCUCCUUCCUCCUUAGAUGCGGUCUUCAUCUAAGAUGUGAUUUCUAAGAUGCAAUCUUCAUCUUAUCCUUUGCGAUAUGCAGUCUUCAUCUCUCCUUCUUCCUUAGAUGCGAUCUUCAUCUAGGAUGUGAUUACUAAGAUGCAAUCUUCAUCUCUCCUUCCUUAAAUGCAGUCUUUAGCUAGGAUGUGACUUCUAAGAUGCGGUCUUCAUCUUAUCCUUUGCAAGAUGUGGUCUUUGUCUCUCCUUCUUCCUUGGAUGCGAUCUUCAUCUAAGAUAUGACUUCUAAGAUGCGGUCUUCAUCUUAUCCUUUGCGAGAUGCGGUCUUCAUCUUAUCCUUUGCGAGAUGCGGUCUUCAUCUUAUCCUUUGCGAGAUGCGGUCUUCAUCUAGGAUGUCUUAUUAUAAACUUGAUUUAGCUUUCCUGAGUUUAAAAAUCCCUUGUCGUGCUGUGGGUCUCAUUGUUCUCUUUGGGGUUCUCAUCAUUGAAUGUGAUGCAUUAGGUAUUGGCAUUGGCGCUGUUUUGAUGCAAGAGCGGUGGCCUAUUGUGUUUUUUAGUGAAAAAUUGACUGGUGCAGUACUUAACUAUCCUACAUAUGACAAAGAGAUGUACGCAUUGCACCUUAAGGGACAAGGUAAGAUGAAUAGACGACAUGCUAAGUGGGUGGAAUUCCUUGACACAUUUCCCUAUGUGAUCAAGUACAAGCAAGGAAAAAAAAACAUUGUGGGUGAUGCAUUAUCUCGCAGGUUCUCGAAGAUGGCACACUUCAUUCCAUGUCAUAAAACCAAUGAUGCAACUAAUAUUGCUGAUCUGUUCUUCAAGGAGGUUGUUCAUUUACAUGGUGUUCCAAGGACUAUUGUUUCUGAUUGCGAUGUUAAGUUCUUGAGUUACUUUUGGAACACCUUGUGGGGAAAGCUGGGAACUAAGCUAUUGUUUUCGACUACUUGUCAUCCACAAACUGAUGGACAAAUAGGGUUAAUAGGACAUUCAACUAACUGUUCACCAUUUGAAGUUGUGUAUGGUUUCAAUCCACUCACCCCUUUGGAUUUAUUGCCAUUACCCAUUGAUGAACGAGCUAGUUUGGAUGGGAAAAAGAAAGCUGAAGUGGAGCAAUUCCUUGCACAAAGGUGUUCUAAGUUGCAGCCAAGAGGCGAUGGACCAUUUCAAGUGAUUGCAAGGAUGAACAACCACGCAUACAAGUUGGAGCUUCCUGGUGACAAUUUGAGGACAAAUCUUUUUGAGGAGAGAGGGAAUGAUGGGAAUCAAGAUGACUCCACAUGUACCACGUCAAGAGAUCCAUUACACAUUCCAGGAGGUCCAGUCACGAGAGCUAGAGCUAGGAAGAUGCGAGAAGCUUUAAAUGGCCUUAUUGAGCAGAUCUGGGUUCAUAAUAACCUGCAAGAAGUAAAUCGACGCUUUGAUGAUUAUCAAGGCAUGAUAAACAUCAUUCAGGUUCAAGAGAAGCUUAAUUGAGGUCAUUUAUGCUAAAUUACACAGUUUGCGUCAAUUUCACAAUUCUGUCGCAAUUUGUAACAAACUGACAUUUCAUGU